AUGCCCAACACCGAUCUGCAGCGCCCGGGAUGGGCCCCAGCAGUGGGAGCCGCGACCUGCCUGCCCGACCCAGCGGCGGUGAUCAUCGGGACCAGUCCCGUCACGGGGAGGGCAGCGAGCAUCGAGAACGGCACCGACGUAAAGACAAGGCGCAACGAGGACACUGCCCCAGAAGAGCAUGAGGAGGUGAAGGCGGCCCCACCCAUCGACGACCGGCGGGAGAAGAGGAUGCUUGCAUGGCGGCAGGCCGCCGCUGCGGCUGCCGCUGCUGCCGCCGCGCAGACUGCUGCGCCACGGGAGGGUGGCGACCGCAGCGCCUUGCAGGUGCCCCUUGGCCGGCCCUCUUCCGGGACGGGCGCCUCCACGAGCCCUCGGCGGGGGUGGAACCUGGAAGAUGAGGCCUCUGCCUCGGAGGACGAGGGCGAUAGCGGUCAGCGAGCCCAGGAAGCCGCCACCCUGGCUUCAAACGGGGGGGAGGAGGGGCCGCAGCGCGGCGCGCUGGGCACGACGAACCAUGCUCCCGCCGCGGCCGGCGCUGACGAUGACGAGGAGAUCGACCCCCUUGACGCCUUCAUGGCCCAGAACGACGCCGCGCUGGCCAGCACCACGCUGGAGCCGACCUCGCCCACCGCGGGUGCACCGCCGGAUGAGGGGAAGGAGGGGGACAAUGAGGUAGACCCCCUGGACGCCUUCAUGGCGGGCGACGCCUUCCAGCGUGACCUCCUGCCUACACAGGCGACGGCCACAACUGCGACGCCGCCGGCGCCGGGAGCGACGCCCGCCUCGGCGCCCUCUCGACCCACGGGCAGCGAGGCCGGGUCCGACAGCGACGCCAGCGGGGACGGGCUGGACGAGGAGGACGAGGAUGAGGACGACGCGGAGUGGAUGCGCAAGCUGCAGGCGGGCAAGCUGUCCAAGGGCGACCGCCUGGCGCCCGCGGACCAUGCGUCCAUCGCCUACGCGCCCUUCCGCCGCAACUUCUACCGCGAGCCGGAGGCCCUGGCGCGGCUGGGCGAGGAGGAGGCGGGGCUGAGCGGGCGGCUGUACGAGCUGCUGCGGCGCGACGGGUUCGAGGCACCGCUGCCCAUCCAGGCCCAGGCCCUGCCCGCCAUCAUGUCGGGGCGGGACACCAUCGGCAUCGCCAAGACCGGGUCGGGCAAGACGCUGGCCUACGUGCUGCCCCUGCUGCGCCAUGUCAAGGACCAGCCGCCGCUGGCGCUGGGCGAGGGCCCGAUCGCGCUGGUCAUGGCGCCCACGCGGGAGCUGGUGUCCCAGAUCACGCGCGAGGUGCGGCGCUUCGGCAAGCCCCUGGGCGUGCGCGCCACGGCGGUGUACGGCGGUUCCGGCGUGGCCAACCAGAUCUCGGAGCUGAAGCGUGGGUCCGAGGCCGUGGUGUGCACGCCCGGGCGCAUGAUCGACAUCCUGGUGACCAGCGGCGGCAAGAUCACAAACCUGCGCCGCGUGACCUACCUGGUGCUGGACGAGGCGGACCGCAUGUUCGACAUGGGGUUUGAACCCCAGAUCGCGCGCAUCGUGAACAACAUCCGCCCCGACCGCCAGACCGUCAUGUUCUCGGCCACCUUCCCACGCCAGGUGGAGGGCCUGGCCCGCGCGCUGCUGGCCGACCCCGUGGAGAUCCAGGUGGGGGGGCGGUCGGUGGUCAACGCCGACAUCGCGCAGUUCGUGGAGCUGCGGGCCGAGGAGGACCGCCUCUGGCGCCUGCUGGAGCUGCUGGGCGAGUGGUACGAGCGCGGCAAGCUCCUCGUCUUCGUCGCCAGCCAGGAGCGGUGCGACAACCUCUUCCGCGACCUCCUGCGCCACGGCUACCCCUGCCUCUCCCUGCACGGCGGCAAGGACCAGAGCGACCGCGAGAGCACCAUCUCCGACUUCAAGUCUGACGUCUGCAACAUCCUCAUCGCCACCUCGGGUGAUUAA